AUGGUUGCAAGGACGAAGAAAGUUGCGUGCCGUGGUCGAGGUCGACCUCCAAAGAUAGCAAAGGACGAGGAUGCAAAUGGAGAGGAAAAGACGCUAGGCAAGACCACAAAAGUGAUCGAAAAAGCCAGCACCGGCAGAAAACGUGGCCGCCCAGCUGGAAGCGGUAAGAAGAAAUCGGGUGCAAAAAAGUCGAAAUCAGCUCCCAGAAAGAAGAAGGUGUCGAGCGAUGAGGAGAGCGACCAUGAGGAGGAAUCCAUCGCGGCCGAGGAGAAUGGCGAGGAUAAAAUCGAGAGUGAUUGA